AUGGCCAAUGCAACCAGUGCUCCAUCAGUAAGUUCCCCAAAAAUUCUAGCACCCAUCCCAACAGCAGCUUCAUCAAUUCCUCACCCAGUUCCCGUACCACGUCCUCCAGCAGCUCCGUCAACUAUUUCCCCUAUGACAAUGCCCCAUGUACACUUUCAAGGUCCUGCAUCAGUUCCGUCAAUUCCAGCACCCAUCCCAAGUGCAGCUUCAUCAAUUCCUCUUGCAUCAGCUCCGUCAAUUACACUCAGUCCUUCAGCAGCUCCCUUAAUUACUCUCCACACAGGUUUUAGAACAGCUUCCUCUGUAGAAACUAACAUCUCAGGCACCUGUUCCAUCUUCUAUCUAUUCAGAACGAAUUGCAGCAAUUGGUCAAAACCAUGUGUUUGA